GUCAAACAACAACAGAAAUUUUUUUGUUGAAAAUCAGGUUCAACUUCGUUCAUUUUUGAGCAAUUUAUUUGCUGUAGGAUACUUUCAAUACCUUAAAGCAGUACCUGAGAACAUUUUGUAAUAAUUUCUGUACCUUGUUUGGCAAAUAAACAUUUGUAAACGCUUUGUCGAGAGAGAAAUUUAAACGACUUUUCGCAGUGCAAGAUGUCCUACGUUCUACAACAUUUACACAAUGGUUGGCAAGUCGAUCAAGCAAUUUUAGCAGAAGAAGAUAAGGUCGUUGUAAUACGUUUUGGCCAUGACUGGGAUCCACAGUGUAUGAAAAUGGACGAGAUUUUGUAUGGCAUAGCAGAUAAAGUUAAAAAUUUCGCUGUCUUCUACGUCGUCGACAUAACAGAAGUCCCAGAUUUUAACAAAAUGUACGAGUUAUACGAUCCUUGUACUGUGAUGUUUUUCUACAGAAAUAAACACAUUAUGAUCGAUCUUGGUACUGGUAACAACAAUAAAAUAAACUGGGCUUUGGAAGACAAACAAGAAAUGAUUGAUAUCGUCGAGACAAUAUAUCGUGGUGCUAGGAAAGGUCGUGGUUUGGUUAUCUCACCCAAGGAUUAUUCAACAAAAUAUCGUUAUUAAUGCAAUUUGAAAUCAUACAUUGAUUGUGAUCUGAAAGCUAUCUAUCUUAUUUAGAUCUGACAUUUGCUACACUGCCUUUGUUGCUUCAUAUAUAUUUAUUAACAGUUGAUGUCCCAGAGCCACUGACCUUCAGUAUAGGUCAGUGCCUACCUAGAGUAUGUGGUCAUCUUUCGCAAAUCUGAAUGAAGAAUAUAUCUUUAUA